GGUCAUCGUGCUACUGAGUAGGCUUACUGAAUCUCUCCUAAUGUGUCUUUAUCUAAGAACAUGUAUGUUAUUUUAAAUGGUGUUCACUGGCAAUUUGGAGUGAAAACUCACGCCAUUAAAAACACCAGAAAGUACGGCAAAAUCCGCUAAUCUAGGAUAAAGUUCUGACCUUCUGGUCCUUCUGUUGUCAUGUCUUAGCGGCGAUCAUUUUGAUUAAACCUCCGAUUUAGUUAACGUUAGCUGGAUUUAUUCUGACGGUACGGUGUUUACCAUUAUGUCUAAGUACGACGCUCAAACGAGUACGCCGGGAGACACAAUUGACGUUGCUGUGACAGGCAAUGGCCUAGGAAAGCGUUUAGGCAUAAUCGCUACAUGCGUAGUUGGAGGGUCGCUGGUUGCCCUCUAUGCAGUGACAGGACCAUUUGUUGCUCCUGCCCUAAGAAAAAUAUGUCUCCCAUUUGUUCCGGCAACUUCGGUGCAGGUUGAGAAUGUCUUUAAAGUGCUUCAGCAAAGAACAGGGUCACUCGUGGACAUUGGAAGUGGAGAUGGAAGAAUAGUGAUAGCAGCUGCCAAGAAGGGCUUUAGAGCUGUAGGUUUUGAGCUCAAUCCAUGGCUGGUUUGGUAUUCGCGUUACAGAGCUUGGAGAGAAGGGGUUCAUCAUUCUACUUCAUUCUAUAUAUCAGAUCUAUGGAAGGUUAGUUUUGCACAGUAUUCCAAUGUUGUGAUUUUUGGAGUCCCACAGAUGAUGGAGAAACUUGAGGACAAGCUGGGGAGAGAGCUACAAAGCUCAGCAAGGGUGGUUGCCUGUCGCUUCCCCUUUCCCUCUUGGGUUCCUGAUGACACAGCCGGCGAGGGGAUAGAUACUGUGUGGGUGUAUGAUGCUAAGACAGUUCAGUCUCUUGUACAGAUAAACCAGGCAACUGAAAAGUGAGCUGAAUUAGGGUUACUUUUACUUUGGUACUUUCUUCCUGGUAGAAUGUAUUCUGUUCAUUGUGUGAAUUAAAAACUGUAUGAAUAAAUGUAUCAUGAAAAUAAAUGUAUAUUUCUAUUAAUA